AAUAACAGCUCUGUAUGUGUACCACAAGAGCUACCAUGUGAAGAUUUGGAAAGUCCUAUGAACUUCAUGGCACACUAUUCAACAACUAAUUUGCAUUUAGUUGCUGCAGUUGUUCAUUCAGAAAUAAGGAACCAUUAUUUUGUAUUAACAAAAAGAAAUAUGUCAGAAUGGAUUAUGUAUGAUGAUUCAAAAAUAAGUGUUUUCACAAUGACAGUGAAAACUCAAGAAGUUUUUGAUGCAGUUGAUGAAACAUUGAAGGAUAUUAUUGGGUUGGAAUCAAUAAAGAGAUCCAUAAAGUCAAUAAUAAGAAGACAUUCUUUAAAUCUGUUACGAAAGGCUGUUGGUGGUAAUCCAAGGGAGGAACCUAUGAACUUUUUGUUUUUGGGUGGCCCUGGCACAUGUAAGACCACAGUAGCAAGAAAGUUGGCAGGUUGCCUCAACUUAGCCGGAAUAAUUGAUAAGAACAUAACCAUUGAAGUCCAGAGAGACGACUUGGUAGGGGCGCAUAUUGGGCAAUCAGAGGAAAAAACAAACAAGGUUAUCCACAGUGCCAAAGGUGGUAUACUGUUUAUAGAUGAAGCCUACACACUUUUCAAGGCUAGACGUGUCAAUGAUUUUGGG